GAAAUGAUAUUUUUGCAAUGUGACAAUUCACCAGACUGCCUAUCAUAAUGGCUGCAUCAUAAAAUGGAAUUAGUGUCGACUGGUAGGCAAGACAGCAAUGGGAUUGUAGUACAAAAUGGGCAAAAUCAAAGUAGUGUUGGUAACAUAAAGAAACUUCAAAAUGGGGUCUCAAAAAGAUCACUCGUCCCAGAAAACUUCAUACACACUCGACUUCCAGAUGCUGUUAUACUGAAAAUAUUUUGGUAUCUGGACAUCAUCUCCUUAUGUCGGUGUGCUAAGGUCUCUCAGAAAUGGAAAGCUUUGGCUUUGGACGGCAGUAAUUGGUCGCAUGUCGACCUUUUUGAAUUUCAGACAGACAUCACCCUACCAGUUGUCAGCAGUAUAACCAGUAGAUGUGGACCUUUUCUCAGAACGCUUAGUUUGAAGGGCUGCAAGAGUAUAGAAGAUAAAGCCAUUUUAGCGUUUUCAACACAUUGUCAUUACAUAGAGGUGCUCAACCUGAACGGAUGCACCAAUAUCUCCCCAAGAUGUGACCGCGCCUUUACCUCACAUUUUACAAACCUGAAGUGGUUGGAUCUAUCUUCCUGUAUUUUAGUGGACGACUCAGUCUGCAAUGCCCUCAGCGCGGGAUGCCCACAACUCCAACACCUAGACCUGAGCUGGUGUGCCCUAGUCAGUAACAACGGUGCUGUGGCUCUAGCUAAAGGGUGUCUCAACCUCCAGCACCUUCUUCUGCGAUACUGUAAACUGAUUGGUGAUGCAGGAGUUAAAGCCCUCACACAGUGCAAGAAACUGUCCCUGCUUAGUCUAAUGAACUGUGAGGAAGUUACAGACUCCGGAAUAGUUGCCCUGACAAAAGGAUGUAAGGAGUUACGAUGUCUAUCUGUCAGCGGCUGUACUCAAUUAACAGACUUAACCUUAACGGAAAUAGGAAACAACUGUCCCAGUUUACGGACGCUGGAACUUGCUAAACUAAUUUAUUUAUCAGACAGAGGAUUUAAAAACUUAGUAAAGGGGUGCAACAGUCUCGAGAAGAUGGACCUUGAAGAGUGCCAAUCGAUAACAGAUAAUUCCCUAAUACAGAUAUCUCUACACUGCCCUUAUCUUCAAUCUUUGACGUUAAGUAACUGUGAACGGAUCAGUGACGAGGGACUGCGGUAUCUGUGCGGCAGUUACGCGGGACAGACACAACUACGGGAACUGGAACUGGACAACUGUAAGCUGAUAACGGACGCUACCAUCGACCAUCUUGUGCAAUGCAGAGGGCUCCAGAGGGUAGACCUGUACGACUGUCUCCGGAUCUCGCGCGGCGGGAUUAAGCACCUCAAGUCACGGCGUCCCAACCUCACGGUGCACGUGUACUUCCCCCCAGACACGCCGCCCGUCAUGCAGCACGAUCCCGUCCAUAACCGGGUGUGUAGAUGUUGUGUGGUCUUGUGAUCUCACAUCCUCACACGUGACCAACACGUGGUCUAUCUGUCCUGUCACGUGAUAGCAGGAGAGAUAUCAUGACACACCCAAUCCCCCCUUCCUCCCGCUUCAGUCGUCGAACUGGAAAGUUUCAAGCAGCAGACUGCAGCUACACGCGACUCUAAAAACACGGCUGCAGAAUGACUAAAUUAAACGAGAGAUAAUUGAGAGAUAAUUGAGUAAUUAUGUAAUUAUAGGAGGCGGGACCCUCAUUAGUUUAAUAUGGCGUGGCUGGGUUUACUAAACGAAAAAUAGACUGAUUGAUGCAUCAUCAAUUUUGAUAUUAGUUUCGUUAAAAUAUUUGUUUAUUACGAAAAUUAGAUUAUUUAUUAUUGGAGGGGUAUGCUGAUCAUUUAAUAAAAUUCUUUCGAAACCGCCGAGAAAAUAUUUAUUUGACCGUAAAUUCUGAUAGGUGAGCCUUUUGCCUUUUGGUUACGGUUUCGAGAUGCUAAACAAAAAAAAGAGCAAAUCUGUGCAAAUUUGUGGCGUGUUUUAUCUGUGUGGCGCAUUUGAUUAAAUGCUGUGCCCUGACCGCAACUCGAAAAGAAAUGUAAACUGCAGGCACGCACCUGAACUAACUUGUAUUUUUCACUUAUUAUUAAUUUAACCAAAUUUUAUA